AUGGCGCCAGACGCAUCACCGGGAACAGCAAUAUUAACGGAGGAAGAAUUGGGGACGCUACCCUCAAGAGAAAAGUAUAAGGAGUUAAAUGACAAGUCCGAAAAUGGUGGAGAUACGCGGUGCUGGAGUGAAUUAAAGGAUAAAUUAAAGAGGUAUAUUAAGAAUAAUGAUUCUGUUGUUAAAAAAAUUAUAAAGGCAUUCUGCUAUAUAUAUGGAAUGCAAGAUAGUACGCGUGAAAAGGAAGGAUGGUGUGAUUAUUUUUAUUAUUGGCUAGGGGAUAUAUUGCCUAAGGGAUUGGCAGAUUCUAUGUUUGGAUCAGCUAUGAAUAUUUUAUAUAAUAAAAUGGAACGUGAGGACAAAGGGCAGAAGUGUAAAGUCCUGUAUACGUCUAACAGUAGAGAAGUUUUUGAAGCAUUGAAAACAGUAUUCGACUAUAAAAAAGACGAAAAUACGAUAAGGACACAAUUAGGAAACGGAGAGAAGAAAAAGUGUGCUCAACAGUAUUAUUCACAUUUAAGGGGUAUAGAGGGAGCCUAUAAAAUACUAAAUGACAAAUGUAAAGAGGGGACUAUGAGAGAAUGGUAUAAUGCAUUCACUAAGAAAUAUGAAGGUUACAAAAGUGAGAAGGUUUUACAACUGAAUUGUAUACUAACAGACCAGAGAAAAGCAAUUACACGCACAGCGGACUCCGCUGUCGAAGGAACUGGUACUGCUUCCAUUGCAGUUCCUUCUGCAUUGGUCGCCACAGUAGGCCUUCCUACAAUCGCUGUUUUCCUUUUAUAUAAAUACGGUCUCCUACCUUCCUGGAUAAGUAACUACUUUGGAGGAGGAAGAAACAAUAACAGCAGUGUAAGCAACAUUAGAAGGAGAAAGAGAACAAUUGAAAGCGACUUUGAAACAUUGACGAACCAUUCUACAGACGUCUCGACAGUGUAUUCAACAAUAGCAGAUUUGACAGAUGGAUCUACAGUAUAUGGUGGGACACAACCACCCACCAGAGGAAGGAGAACAAAUAAUGGAAGAAGAGAAGGAAACAGGAACAAUAUUAGUUAUCAACGUAUUUAA